AUGAUCGCGCAAUCCCUGCUGGGUGUGGUAUCCGCCACGCUCUUGCUCCUCAACGCUAUCUCCGCUCAAUUUGUACAAGCUCCUACGGAUCUCAAGACCACGAAAGGCUACCUAGACAUCCCGGUGCGAUACAAGCAAGUGCCAACCGGCACGUGCGAAACAGAUCCCAAUGUCAAGAGCUUUUCCGGCUACGUCGACGUCGAGGAGGACGAGCACAUCUUUUUCUGGUUCUUCGAGGCACGCAAUGGAAAGCCGGAAGAUGCUCCUCUCACGGUGUGGAUCAACGGAGGACCGGGAUCGUCGUCCAUGAUCGGUUUGUUCCAAGAGCUUGGUCCAUGCUAUGUCGACUCGAACGGUACGGUAGUCAACAACCCGUAUGCCUGGAACAACGUCAGCAACAUGAUCUUCAUCGAUCAGCCGGCAACCACAGGAUUCUCGUACACCAAGCUGGUGCCGGGCUAUGUGGAUCCAUCCACGGAUUCGCUGGUGGCGCUUCCGAGCGAGGAGUGCCCAGAGUAUGCGCAAGCGUACGGCACGUGCGGAACGUAUUCGGCAGCCAACGUCACGCUGACGGCCAAUUCGACCGUUUCGGCGGCCAAGAACUUCUACCGGACGCUGCAAGGCUUUAUGGGAGCAUUCCCACAGUACUCUCGCGAGGACUUCCACUUUGCAACCGAAUCGUACGGAGGUCACUACGGACCAGUGUUCAACGAGUACAUAGAAGAGCAGAACGCCCGCGGUGCCUCAGAAGCGCACAAGAUCAAGCUCAAAUCUGUGAUGAUCGGCAACGGUUGGUACUCGCCCGAAGUUCAGUACGCAGCAUACUACAACUUCACCGUGUCGCCAGGCAACACGUACGACUAUCGACCGUUCAACUCUUCGGUGGAGCAAAUGAUGUACAACAACAUGUUUGGACCGGGCAACUGCUUGGAUCAGAUCCGAGACUGCUAUGCUACGGGCACCAACCAGGUGUGCAGCACCGCUGACACGUUCUGCGCCAACAACGUCGAGUCGAUCUUGGACAACUACGCUAACCGUGACGAGUACGACAUUCGAGAGCUUUCGCCGGAUCCGUUCCCGUACAGCUUCUACGUGGACUACCUCAACACGCCUACGUUCCAACAGGCGAUCGGAGCGUUCCAGAACUUCAGCGAGAGCUCGUCGACGGUCUCGAAUGCAUUUGGAAACACGGGCGAUGACGGCCGGGAGGAAGUUACGAUCGAGGACGUACGCUCGCUGCUGGACCAGGGAGUGCAGGUGGUAAUGUACGCAGGCGAUGCCGACUACAACUGCAACUGGCUGGGAGGCGAGGUAAUCGCCGAGCAAGUCAAGCACAAGGGAUUCGACCAGGCUGGCUACCAAAAUCUCGAGACGUCUGACGGCGUGGUGCACGGACAGGUCAAGCAGAGCGGCCGAUUCUCGUUUGUCCGUAUCUACGAGAGUGGACACGAGGUACCAUUCUACCAGCCGCUGGCAUCGCUGGAGAUGUUUGAACGGGUGCUGAACGGUACAGAUCUGGCCACUGGUAAGGAGAAGAUCUCUCCAAGCAGCACGUACAGGACUAGUGGCCCUGCCAAGAGCACGUACCGCGAAGGCAACGGCACAGUGCAGUUCGAGGUGCUACCUCCGGAUGCAACGUACAACACCACCACCAAUGCGCCGAACAAGAGCAGCAACCUUUCGAGCGUUGCUGAGGUAGAGGAGUCGCGCAAGGCCGCACGCGCUGGCGAAAUGUUGCGCUCGCGAUAUAGAUUUCAGCGAACCUUUAUGGUUUGA